GGAGCAAAGCUAAAUGUAGAGUUCAAUGCCAUGUUUCAGCCACUUAAUAAACUAGGACGGUCGUUUAAGGGGUAGUUGGGUCAGAUUGUGCGCAAUCCACACCGAGUUCCUCUAACUUAUCUUAGUUGGGGCUCAGUACCUGAAGAUAUUGUGGAAGGCAUUUGGAAGGAGGUUCAGGAUAACUUGUUAUAUGCUCCAGAAGGGUUGAAGCAAGUGGUCAUAGACUCAUGUAACAAAUUAUGGAAGGAUCACAAACAUAAGACUAAGACCAAUCACUACAAGCCUUUUAAAGAUGAUCCAAAUAUCAAUGAAAAAGUGCCUUUGGACAUUUUGCCAGAACAAUGGAGGGUGAUGGUGGAGUAUUGGAGUAGUAAAGAUGCAAUGAAGAUUGCUAGUCGCAAUUCUAAAAAUCGAGAGCUGCGUGGUCCAGUGCAUAGGACCGGGAGAACACCCUUUGCCGAUGUACGACAUAAGAUGAUGACUGAUGGAGAGAGCACUAACAAAAUGAGUGUCUUCAUGAAGACACGCAUGAUAACCGAUCCAGAUGUGAAAUUAUUUUUGGAUGAGUAUAAUGAGCAACUCUCAAUGAUAGACGAGCCCCUCAGGACAGAAGAGGUACAAGAUAAGAUUUUCCAUAACCUAGUAGGAAAGGAUGGACACGGAUAUUGCAAGACUUAUGGGAUAGGUGUGCCUCGAAGUGCAGUGUACAAAAAAGAUGUCAGUCCAUCACAAGCAUCCUCAUCAUCGACUGUUGAGGAGAUCACUCAACAAGUACGCCAAACAGUUACUGAAGAGAUCGAGCAAAGGCUGACGGUUGAGAUUGAGCAAAGGGUCACUGAGAAGUUGAAGACAGAGUUCGAGCAAGUUAGAGCUUGGAUGGACUUCAUAAGGUCCCAAGGUGGCCUAAGUGGUAUACAGCUUCCAAAUGCCUCUAGUGGACGUCAACAAGUCAGGAAGUCUGUAGGAGAUCAUGAUAGUCAAGAUGAUGAGUUGUUGGGUUCUCCUGUGCAGGUAUCUCUAUUACAUAAUGUAAUAUUCACAAUCACACGCAAUUGAGGUUAAGGGUUAGCCUACUGAAAACCCGAUUUAGUGUUAUUGUUGCUGUUGAACCUAUUUUCCUGAUGUUGAACCUAAAGUAAGACUGAUUAGUGUUGAACCUAUUUUGCAUUUCUUAAUAGUGUUGAACCUGUUUUGCAUUCGUUUUGAGCAGCCAUCAACAUUUAAUUUCAGCUUUCCUACAGGUGGACAAAACCAUUUGAUUAGUCUAGGAUGAGAGGGAUUCGAGUGGAGGAUAGAUUGGAAGGCCUCAUCAAU